UUGUGUUAUUAAUAUGUCUGAGGGAGGGAGAAAGUGAGAGAGAGAAAGAAUGAGUGACAAGGCUUGUUAGCUGUUAUAGACUUUAAGGCUUAAUAAUUUAAUUCUUACAGUCAGCUAAUAAUUUCUGAAUAAGUCUCAACCUUAUUUAUCCACUUUAAAAUAUUUUGAAAAUGACGGAUGACAAAUGUCCGACAAUGAAUCAAAUGAUAUUAGCAAAGAGGGAAGAAACGGCAAAGCUGAUACAAACCGAGCAUGAAAAGAUUUCAAAAAAGCACGCAUCAGUUAUAAAUCAGUUGAACGAAGCAAGAAGAAGAGUAACAGCUCUACGUGAGAAAUCAGACAUAUUAAACCACAAGAGCGUUCUUCUGAGUGGUGAAAUUACUCAGAUGACCUCAAAAAUAAAUGAAGCCAAAGAAAAAUUGAUUACAAUUGAGUGCCAAAUUGACAGCAUUUUAGCCAAACAGAGCCAGACUGACAUGGUGAAAGAUAAAGAAAUAAAAACAUUCGAAAUAUACUACAAUAAGAUUAAAGAGGAAAAUGAAAAGAAUGAACGGUUUUGGCUAAAAUCUGUGAAAUUAGAAGACCUGGAUGAGUUGAAAAAUUGUAUCGAAACACUGCGGGAAAAGAAAAAGACACUGGAAAUGCACAUAGCUACAACAAAAGAGAAAAUUAUUGGCCUGAAUGCGACCAAGUUGGCCGAAGACUGCAUGAUUCUCAGGAAGCGUAAUACUGCUGUGAAAAAACGGCUCGUUAAAAAAUUGAAGCUGCUUGAAGAACGAUUGGAUGAGGCGAAAAAGAAGAGUGACAAAACUAAUUUGACAACAAACAAUGAAAAAUAGAUUAAUAACAUUGGGCACUUUAUUAGUUGAUAAUAAAUAAGCAGUUCAUUUGUGCACUUAUUUCUUUUUAAUUAAUAUUUUUUAAACAAAACAACCUUAAAUCAUUCAAAAACCUUUUUUUUAUUUUAUGUACUUAUCAUUACUAUUUAGGUCUGUAGAGACCCAGUACUGAAGAUGGUGAAAAGCUAUUCUUCGUCUAGACAGACCAAAACAGCGAGGAUUUGAAGAAUAAAAUGUUACAUGUGUAUACUGCUCCACAAAACAAGCGGUACUUUUAUUUUUUUUUAAUUUGGCAAUGUUUUAGCCAUAUUUUUAAUUUGACUAUUUUAAAAAUGAUUUAAUAAUUAUAAUUAAAUGGAAAGUAUUUGUUUUGGCCAUAGAUUUUUAGGUAAAACUGCUUAAUUCCUAAUUUAAUUUGAAGUCCCCACAAUGUAAAUCAUCAACAUUGCAUUUAAUCCAUUAAAAACUAUUACAGAAAAGCCCAUAAGCAGCGAGCAAGUUGCUGGUGGCAUUGCACUUGUUAAGGAUGGAAGAAAUCAGUGUUUCGCAGCAAGAGUUUUAGGCCUGAAACAGCAAAAGGUAUUCAACAGCAUCAGGACUGUAAAGUGUACUUGGAUACCAGGAUCGGGAUGCCCAAGACCAGUCGACAACCGAUUUAUCAGGCUGCACUCUCUAAGAAAUUGCUUUUCCGCUGUUUCUGAAACAUCUCAAAAUUUCGAUCCAUGCGGGAUGUAUCCGUUAGUGCUGAAACAGAAAGAAGGAGACUUGCACAAAUGAGUCUACAUCCCAGAAAGUGAAAAGCGAGUCCAGCACUUACAAUCGACCAUCAUCAGAAAUCCACUUAGAGUUUGGAAAGGACACAGAUAUUGGACAAAAACUGAAUGGAGGAAUGUUGUUUUCAGACAAGCCUCAGUUUUCUCUCCUUCACCAAAAGAACACCUUCAAAUUUAUCGAACAUCUGUAGGGCACUACAGCCAAUGCAAAUAGUUGUUUGUUGGUGGUUUGGUUAUUAGGUGGAAUUGCUUUAGAGGCAAAAACUAAUUAUGCAUUUUUAAUAGGUUGUCACUUAAUGUAGAAAUCUUUAUGGUAAGCAUUCUUGAAGAAUGUGUAGUGCCAUUUGUUAUUGGCAAGCAAUUGUUAUUUAUACAAGAUAAUGCAAGGCCAACUGUCACCACCAGUGAUCUGCAGUACCUUUGUAAUGCCAAUGUUCUUAGUCUAAGAUGACCAGCCCAUUUGAUCUACGACAAUUGAGUUGAAAUUUACAUUAGUGAGAGUUGGGAUGAAAUUCCUCAAGACAUGGUUAAAGGUUUAAUUAUGAGCAUGCCAAGAAAAUUAGUGUAUACUAAAAGCUAGAGGAGGUAAUACACCCUAUUAAAGAUUUGUAAGUUUGUUUUAUAAAGUUGUUGUUCGUACACAAAAUGUUCAUACAAAAGUGAUUUUUUUCCCUAAGGUAUAAAAAAAUCAAAGUUUCAAAGUGCGCCAAUUUUGUAUAUCUCAACAUUUAUAUCACAGACAAAAACUAAAGUUUAACACCAGUUCAAUCAUUGUGGCUGAUAAGCCAAUAAAAUAAAAUUACUUAAAAUGUUAACAUUAUUACAAUGUGGUUAAUAUAAUAAGAAAAUAUAUAAUGAAGAACU